GGAACUCUGCGGAGUUUGUGCGGAUGGAGAGGCGAACUUGAGAGGACGCGCUGGGAUUCCUUUUUAUCCGCGAGAGGACGGCGACGACGACGACGAGCUGCGGAGGGGCACACUCAACAUAGAAGACCUUAGAAUACAGCACCAUGAGGACAAACAAGUUGACAUACAAGUGAUUUGUUUCCCAUGAAAACAAGCUGCUGUUCUGACCCUUGGUGAAAAUUUGGACUCAUCACGAUCAAAUUACACACACUGGGUGAUUUCUCAUCAUGAAUCGUGCUUUUAGUAGGAAAAAAGACAAAACGUGGAUGCAUACUCCCGAGGCUUUAUCAAAGCACUAUAUUCCCUACAAUGUAAAGUUUCUUGGCAGCACAGAAGUGGAGCAACCUAAAGGCACAGAAGUUGUGAGAGAUGCUGUUAGAAAACUUAAGUUCGCAAGACAUAUCAAGAAAUCUGAAGGUCAAAAAACACCAAAGGUUGAGUUGCAAAUUUCAAUAUAUGGAGUGAAAAUUCUAGAUCCCAAAACAAAGGAAGUCCAGCACAACUGCCAGCUCCACAGGAUAUCAUUUUGUGCUGACGACAAAACUGACAAAAGGAUAUUCACUUUCAUAUGCAAAGAUUCAGAGUCAAACAAACACUUGUGCUAUGUCUUUGACAGUGAAAAGUGUGCAGAAGAGAUAACUUUAACUAUUGGUCAAGCAUUUGACCUGGCUUACAGGAAAUUUCUGGAAUCUGGAGGAAAGGAUGUCGAAACAAGAAAACAGAUUGCUGGGUUACAGAAAAGAAUUCAUGAACUAGAAACAGAAAACAUUGAGCUAAAAAACAAGGUUCAAGAUUUGGAGAACCAGUUAAGAAUAACGCAAGUGCAAACUUCGCCACUGCUGCUGCACAUAGAGUCUGAUUAUGAACAUGACAUGUUUCAAAGACCCGCCACCUUUUUCUGGUGUAGCAAUGAGGAUUCUGCUCCUUGUUUAGAUAUCUCUUCCAUUACACUAACUCCUAUGAACUCUCCUGACUCCAGACACUCAUCUGGACUAUUAACACCACCACCUACCAAAAGUGGUCUUCCAAAGCCAGUCCAUGAACACAGCAUCCCAAGACCUCGUGCAGGCAGUGUGACACCCAAAUCACCCUCCACUGACAUCUUUGAUAUGGUUCCCUUUUCUCCCAUAUCCCCUCAGUCAUCAACACCUACUCGCAAUGGCACACAGCCUCCUCCAGUGCCCAGUAGAUCUGCAGAGAUCAAGAGAGACCUUUUUGGAGCCGAACCUUUUGACCCUUUUAGCUGCGGAGCAGGAGAUUUCCCUCCAGACAUUCAAUCCAAACUAGACGAGAUGCAGCGUCAGCGAUGGAGGGGUUCAAAAUGGGACUGACUCUGGAAGGCACAGUAUUUUGCCUUGACCCUCUAGACAGCAGGUGCUGAUGCCAGGAAAAGAACCGUGAAAAGAUAUCGCCAUCUCUUUUUUUUAGAAGGGGGGGGGGAGUUUUAAAACGUAUUACAAAUACUGUCAAUGUGCCAAAAAUGUUUUUUUCAACUUGUUCACUUUUGUGAGGUUUGCUUCUGUGAAACUCCAGAUAGGUUCCAGUGUUAUCCCUGUACAAAUGUAAAAAGUCACACGUGUAUAUGAAACCAAAACGAAAUCACACUGCUGUCUUUCUUAGUCAUCUUCCGCCACCCAAUGGCAAUUCACCAUGUGCUGUGAAGUUCUUCGAACCAUUCAUGCAACGCUAUAGAAUCCCCUCAGUUGGUUUCUUCAUUUCCAAUAUGUAGGGCCCUGUUCAUACAUUUUUGUUGAAAAUCGCCCAGAUACUGCAUACCACAGUUCACACAGUCCAUAAAUCCUUGUUUCUGGCCAUGAUUCAAGCUGCAGUGUGCUCUGUGGUUCUUCACAUAGACUUUCCCACAUUAAUGGCUGUACUUUAACAUAAAGGGAGUGAUGGAAGCAUUCCAUCAUCACGGAUAUGGGGUGCUUCAGAUGUUGUCAGGCUCCAACUCCCAUCAGCCCCAACUAACAUGACUCUCAUCAACCCUAACUAACUAGCACGUUGGGAAGAUCGGAGCUGAAAACCAGCAACACCCGGGGAACCACAGAUUCCUGUCCUAGCUUUAAGAAUUUUGAUUAGGCGCAUAAGCUUAUUUUUACAUUCCUAGUGGUGUUUGUCGUUUGGCAUCUGCUUCACAAAAAGCUAUGUUUUUCAGUGGCGAGUGAUUGUCUGUUUUCACAUCUACAUGUGCACACAAGCACUCUUCUGCACUCAGAAGCAUAUUUAGGAGGUGGGGGUCCGAUAGCCGACUCCUCAACACAGAUGUUUUGGAAAUCCUGUUGAUUUCCAAGUGGAGGCAGUCUAAAAGUCACUGCUAGGUUGUGCAUGUCAAGUUGCUACGUACAACGGGAAAAAUCCAGCUCAGAUUGCCUUAUGCACACACGCUUUAGCUAAGAGAAGACACCCUCGAUGUUUUGAGGUCAGGCAAUCUGCUAAUUCCAGAGGGUUUGAGAGUACAUCCUUCAGGAUCUUGGAAGCCUGGAGAAUCAUCUGGAAGCACACAAAGGAGUUCUGCUGCUGGGUCAUGUGGGAACCCUAUGAAAGCUGCUUGGAUCAUACAUUUGGCAAAUAGCCUUACUGUGCAAUGUACAUGUCAUUUAUGGGUGCAUAAUUUGAUAACAAAUAACCCAGAGAAGAAUGGUGGGGACAGGUUAUCCUGUUGUCAUUUGUAAUUCUGUGCAGAAGCCCAUUCCUGAGCAUCAGUGUAUUUUUCUUCCACUAGCCUUCAAACUAGCAAUAAAUGAACAUUUUGUUUGUGCAUUUCUUGCAUUCACCGGUGGAAUUGUUCCUUCCUGUUUCCAUAUUUACUAUCACUUUUCUCAUUUUUUAAAGUGUGUGUGUAUGUAUACACAUUUAUAUAUAUAUACAUAUAUAUGUAUAUACAAUAAUUUUUUUGGGGGGGAGUUUCCUCUCCUGUAAGGAUCCUUUCACUGAAAAGACUUUUGGGGGGUGGGGAGGGUGGAUGUGAAGGACAAAUAAGAGAAGACACUUAAGAGAUUAUUUUACUGCUUAUAUCUUUUAGACGGGGAGAAAAGAACUAGUUUUCUGGUACUUGGGUUGAAAAAAAUAAUAGCUUUUGACCUUAUAUUGUGAGGUUUACACAGAAAAUAGAAUGCAUUUAUGCAAUAUUAUUACCUUUUUUUAAAAGCUUUGUUCCAGCCUCGGAAGACGCUUAAGCAGAUGCCUGGACAGUCUGGGAUUCUUCACUUGCUUAAAGUUAGGCAUCUGCUUAGGCACUGUGGCUCCAGCGAGCCUUUCCUAUUUUUGCAUUGUGUUAAGUCUUCCUUCUUUUCGUUGAUCGGUCUGAAUGUAUACCUAUAUCUAUGGACAGGAUCCAAAGAGAACUGCCUGCGUACGUACAGUGCUUCUGCACAUGUACGGGGAAGAAUGCAGGUUCUCACAUCACACUGAACACCAUUCCAGAGGGUCGUCUGACUUUCAGAAACUGCUUGGUGAGGACGCAAGGAUGGUGGCUGCAGUAGGAAGGUGUGGGACAAACACUUGCAGUGCGCAUGCAAAACACCACAAACAGUCCUUUGGAUCAUGGCCUAUGUGUCUGUCGAUAUAGUUAUAUACAUAUAUAUAUAUGGAAUCACUAAUGAGUAGAGUAGACUAUGUUUCCUAGAAAGAAAUCUAUAAUUUUGUUUGUCCUAUAGUAUUUUGCAAUUUGUACAACGAGGUUGUUUAGUAGCCAUAUCAAUGGCUUUUUAAAACAAAUAGAAUUUGUAUUUUUAUCGUACUUUUAAAAAAGAAAGCUUUACGUAAUAAGCAUAUAUUUAGGGGCCGUUUACUAUGGAUGGUAACAAAACACUCAGAAAAUAUUUGCACAUUUUAAGAAACCUUUGUUUUACUGAUUUUUACGUGGGUUGAUUCUACGAAAUGCUAAAUAUGAUCUAACCGAUCUCGUCAGUACAAGGACACCUAAAUUAAUUCUGCGAGAAAGUACAUUUUUAACGAGAGGGUUCUAGUGUUCUGGUUGAAAUUUGUAUUUCUAUGUAAUCUCAAACUGUCUGUUUAAUUUUGCUCCGAAUAAAUGUUUUAAAUAAU